CAUUUUACUCUACCAUUGGAGUUACUCUUAAUAAAAAAAAAACAUCCAGGUUCAGUCCACUAUCUCAUUCUCAUCCUUUAUUUCUGUUAACAUGCUCCAUUUUCUCCUAAUCCUCACCUUUUUUUGGCAUCUCUCUCUCCAAUUACCUUACCGAAACGAAGCUACAAACUAAGUGACAAAUUACAUAAAGCUAGCAGUUUAGCACCACUUCCUCUUAUUACUUUUCAGGUUUCACCUUUGUUUUCCUUUUCCCCACCCUCAGUCCCUCUUUAGUAGUCCUUCCCCACUUCUCUUCUCAAAUCUCAACCAUUACCUUUACAAAGUUGAAUCUCUCAUUGAAUCUUCUCCUCUCUUUCCAAAACACUCAACUCAUCAUCAAUGGAAACUUUUCAUUAUUAUGCCAUCAUUAUCGUUUAUCUCUCUCUCUUCUAUCCUAUAUAUAUUUCCGCCGGUCUACUCUCCGAACCGGUCCAACCAACAAAACCGGGUGACUACCCAACCACUCCCAAUACCGUACCCGCAUUCCCGGUUCAGACCGACUCACAAACCUGCCACUUAGACCUCUCAGAUGAGCUGUUCGGUGGGGUUAAUGAAGCUUGCGGUCACAACCUAGACCGUAGCCGUUGCUGUCCGGUUCUAGCCGCUUGGCUCUACGCGGCUCAUGCCCGGUCCGCUCUCGAAAUUCCCCCAGCUAGACCACCUGUUUCCCCUGACUCAGACUCCGAGUUACCUAUGAUGCCUGAGUCUGACUCGCAAAAGUGUGUCAACUCGCUUCAGAACUCGCUAUCUAAACGGAACAUUACGCUUCCUCAGCCUAACAAUACAUGCGACACCGUUUUGUGCUUCUGUGGUAUUCGGCUACACCAAAUCGCGUCCUUGAGUUGUCCUGCCGCGUUUAAAUUAACGCUUAGUUACCGGAAUGCUACUCCAACUGCUAACGUCAGGAAUCUCGAAAAAAACUGUCGGAAUUCCUCUUAUGCUGGAUGUACCAAAUGCCUUGGUUCUUUAGAGAAGCUAAAAGGCGGGGGCAAAAACGGAACAAAGGGGGAUCAUGGAAGCAGUAGAGUUUCAAAGAUGUUUAACAGAGAUUGCCAGCUAAUGGGGCUGACGUGGCUUCUAGCUCGCAACAAAACAGCGUACAUACCAACCGUAUCUGCUGUAUUGCGCGCCAUCAUGUAUAGUACGCACCCUCCUCACCAGUCCAAGUGCAGCCCUGAUCAGGAAAACAUGCCUCUCGCCGUUGAUUCUCUCCAAUUUUACAGAGCCAACUCUUCCGCUUCAUCUACACCGUUGAUUUCUUUUUCUCUUCUAUUGUACGCCUUUUUUUUCAACAUCAUCAUGUUUUUGUUUUUACUAGGGUAGCCUUUUUCUCGCCGUCGAUUUUAUCUCUCUCUUUUUGUAUCUUCUUUUGUUUGGCUUGUCAGGGUCACGUGCAGUUUACCAUGGGCUAUUUUUUGUCACUUUACCCAGUGUAAACUUUCUCCGGCCCAAAUCGAUGAGAACUUGUAAUUUUUUGACGGAUCAUGUUGUCUGAUUACCAUUUGAUGUAUUAUAUGUGCAGUUCGAGGGAAACUAUUAGUAAAGAAAUCUCAUUUUCUAUUUGAGCUUUUA